AUGUCUCUUCUCCUCGAGACCUCCCUCGGAGACAUCGUCAUCGACCUGGAGGUUGACUCGUGCCCCAAAACGUGCGAGAACUUUCUCAAGUUGUGCAAAGUGUAUUACUACAACCUCAAUGCGUUCUUCAAUGUUUCGAAGGACUUUCUGGCCCAAGCAGGCGACCCUACUGCAACAGGCACGGGGGGAGAAUCCAUCUGGUCCUUCAUCGCAUCCCAGAAUGGCUCUGCUACGGAUGUGCCGCGCUACUUCGAGCCGGAGAUCGUUCCCGGCUUGAAGCACACAGAACGAGGUACGGUUUCCAUGGCCGUCGCUCCGUCCGUGGAAGGGCAGCCCAGAGGGGGCUGUGGGAGUCAAUUCUUCGUCACCCUUGCCGAUGGAAUCGAGUACCUCGAUGGGAAACAUGCCGUGUUCGGACAUGUCGUGGAAGGAUUUGAUACCCUCGAGAAGCUGAACGACAUUUUUGUGGAUCAAGAGGGGAGGCCGUUCAAGGAUGUUCGAAUUCGCCAUGUAGUCGUACUUGAUGACCCGUUUCCGGAUCCUGCUGGACUGGUCGUUCCCGAAUCGGUACCUACUCGUCCUCCGGACAACUCCACUCGCAUCGCAGAGGAUGAGGAUCCUCUCGAAGAGCUCCCCGAAGAAGAGGCCGAGCAGCAAAGACGAAAGAAAGAAGCCGAAGCGGCGGCGCUGACCCUCGAGAUGGUGGGAGACCUGCCCUUCGCCAACGUCCGCCCCCCAGAAAACGUCCUCUUCGUGUGCAAACUGAACCCGGUGACGCGGGAUGAGGACCUGGAGCUGAUAUUCUCCCGGUUCGGGACUAUCAUGAGCUGUCAGGUCAUCCGGGACAAAAAAACCGGUGACUCGUUGCAGUACGCAUUCAUCGAGUUCGACAAGCGGGAAGAGGCCGAACAGGGCUACUUCAAAAUGCAAAAUGUACUAGUGGAUGACAGGCGCAUAUGGGUUGAUUUCUCACAAUCUGUCGCCCGCCUCAAUACUUCCUGGUCGAACAAUCCUACCAUGGGACAACGCGGCGGACGUGGAGGAAGAGGACGUGGUGAUGGGGUCCGCGGUGGAUUCGGCGGUCGAGAAGAUCUCGAGGCCACACGACGAUACAGAGAUGGCCGUGACCACAGCAGCCGUCAAUACGGGAUGGUGUUUGAUGUCCCAAGUGAUAGAGGACAUAGCAAGCGCCACAGGGACAGCGACAGCAGAAAGCGCUCGCGCUCACGGUCUCCACACGCGCGAUCCAACGAUAGAGACACACGGGAGCGCCGUCGGAGCCACAGCAGAGACAGAGAUCGAGCGCCGCGGCGGCGUGCAGGCAGCAGAGAGCGCGUUGAUAUGGACCGGCACAGGCGCCGCUAA